AUGGGUUUCGUGCAGAGAGUCCUGAAGCGCUUGCCUUCGGCGCCUAAUCUACCGUCGGUCGAGGACGUCAAGACGAAAUCGAAAGCCUCCUCGAGAUUGGCCUUUUUCCGGCGGCCGCUGCGCUUAAAGGGCAAUUCCAACAUCUCGAUACCGCUCGGCGUCGUGCUCCUCUUCCCAUGUAUCGUCGUGGUGUUGAUCCUAGUGCUUUUUGUCCGCCAUCCUAAAUCAGGGGUCGGCAUGUUAAUGCCAGCCGGAGCUCCACCAGCCAUCAGAAAAAUAUCCGAAGAGCAUGAUAAGGUGUUCGUGACAGGUUGCUUAGAGCCGGAUACUUCACAGCCUCGCGCGAAUGCGGCCUUUGUGGUGUUGGCAAGGAAUAAGGAGUUGGAUGGUGUGAUACAGUCCAUCAAGUCGAUCGAGAGACAUUUCAACCGAUGGUACCACUACCCGUACGUGUUCUUAAACGAUGGGGACUUCAAUGAGACGUUCAAGGAGACGGUUGUGAACUACACGAGCGCUCCUGUGGAGUUUGGGAAGAUCGACCCGAGCAUGUGGGGAUUCCCCGAUUGGAUUGACCCGAAGGUUGCAAAGGAGGGCAUUGCAAAGCAGGGGGACGAUGCGAUCAUGUACGGUGGAAUGGAGAGUUAUCAUGCCAUGUGCAGAUUCUACUCAGGGUUCUUCUACAAGCAUAAGCUUCUAGAGAAGUAUGAAUGGUACUGGCGGUUGGAGCCAGAAAUCAAGUAUUUCUGUGAUAUUACAUAUGACCCUUUCCUGAAGAUGAUUGAAACGAACAAGACUUAUGGCUUCACGAUCGCAGUUAAGGAAUUGAAGGAGACAGUUCCAAAUAUUUUCCGAUACGCCUCAGCAUACAAAAGAGUAAAUAAUUUGACCUCCCAAGGUUUGUGGGAGAUGUUUGUCGAACCUCAACCAGAUCCACCCAAGGACGUUCCAGAAGAGGAUCCAAAUCUCAAGCACCCUCUGCCGGAAGAGAUCCUGCGAGGCGACCCAAACCAUGUCUCCAUUCCAGAUAUCGACCUCGAGGCAAUGGAAGGGGAGAAGUACAACAUGUGCCAUUUCUGGUCUAACUUUGAGAUCGCUAGACUCAGCUGGUUCAGGAGUAAGGAGUACGAGGACUUCUUCCAGAUGAUGGAUCGCAGUGGAGGAUUCUGGAUGGAGCGGUGGGGAGAUGCGCCCAUUCAUUCCUUGGCAGCAGGAGCACUCCUCGCUCCCCGCGACAUCCACUACUUCCGUGAUUUCGGUUACCGACACACCACGAUCCAGCACUGUCCAGCGAAUGCACCAGCCCGUCAAAUUCCGCGGACGCCUUACCUCGAAAUGACCACGCUGGACGAGAAGAAACGGAAAGAAGAAGACGAGUAUUGGGAUGCCUGGGAUCCGGUCAAGGAGAACGGGGUGGGAUGCAGAUGCAGAUGCGACACGGACAUUGUUGACGUGGAAGGGAAACAAGGAUCCUGCCUAGCAGAAUGGGUCGACGUUGCCGGCGGCUGGGCAAGUCCUUGA